AAAUAGUAUCUACGACGGAUCCAUAAUAAUUUUUCUAAAUAAAUGUAGUGAAUGUGAAAGUAAUAGCUCAGUUAACCAGUGUUUCACCUAUUGUUUAUAUUUGUGUACCUAUUAAAUUAAUCAAAGUUAAAUGAAAAUUUAUAUUAUAUUUAUUCCAAGCAGCAAGUAGCUACUCUAAACAAUGGAAUCUGAUAUUAUUAAUUGGAGCAACAAAGAAGUGUUAGAUUUAUUACUUAGAGAUAAAUUAUCAAGUUUUAUUAUAGAUAUUUGUAAAACUCAUGACAUAGAUGGUCAGUGUCUAUUAUCAUUAAUUGAUCGAGACUUUUAUGAAUAUCCCUUUGAUCAGUUAAAAUUAGGUGAAAGAAAACGUUUUAUACUCGUUGUAAAAAGAUUACAGAAGAAUAACCGUCAAGCUAUGUUCGAACUAGGUCUUUGUGAUGAACAGCUCUCAAAUCCAUCUACAAAUAUAAAUUUCCUCGGUACCAAUUUAUCUCAUUUGAGUUAUAAUCUCCAUAAUAAGAUGUCAAGUGAAUAUUCUUACGACAGAAAUUCCGAAUGCUUCAACACAGACGUGAAAGCAUCAAAACUGAAACCUGAAAUAUGGAAAACUGCUUUAGCACUAGGAUAUGUGUUUCUCGUAACAUGGGUGACUGCUGUGGUAAUGGUGAUUGUUCAUGACAAGGUGCCAGAUAUGAAAAAGUACCCCCCUCUCCCAGACUUAUUUUUAGAUAAUGUACCACAUAUACCAUGGGCCUUUGAUAUGUGUGAGAUCACAGGGUCACUUCUUAUGGCUAUUUGGCUGGUUGUUUUGUUCUUCCACAAACACAGGUUCAUAAUUCUGCGGAGGUUCUUUGCGCUGGCGGGCACCGUGUUUCUGCUUCGGUGCUUCACGAUGCUGAUCACGUCGCUGUCGGUGCCGGGCUCACACUUGAAGUGUGAGCCACGGUCGUACCCGCCGGCCGACGACCUGACGGUGUGGGGCCGCCGUCUGCGGCAGGCCUACGACAUCUGGAGCGGUGCCGGCAUGUCCGUCCGGGGAGUGCGCACCUGCGGCGACUACAUGUUCUCCGGUCACACGGUCGCGCUCACGCUACUCAAUUUCUUCAUCACAGAAUACACGUCGCGUAACUUGUACCUACUCCACAUCCUCACGUGGGUGAUGAACAUGUUCGGCAUCUUCUUCAUCCUGGCAGCUCACGAACACUACUCCAUCGAUGUGUUCAUCGCCUUCUACAUCACCUCGCGACUGUUCCUCUACUACCACACUCUGUCCAACAAUCAAGCACUCAUGCAAAAUGACUCGUCGAGGACCCGUAUUUGGUUUCCAUUGCUGUCGUUUUUCGAAUCGGAAGUGGAUGGCAUUGUACCCAAUGAGUAUGAAGGCCCCGUGAUGAUUAUGAACAACUUGAAGCAAUGGUGUAUUCAACUCUUAACAGAUGUCAGAGAAUCCUCGAUGGCCAAGAUUGCCGGCACCAAGCUACAAGAAGGCGCCGCUAUGGGCGAAUACUCUGUCGUUAGACUUGUAGAUGGUAUUAAAAGGAAUCUCAGUUUAGUGGAAGAGUUCAAACAUUCCCGCGAACGACUGGUCACCCUAGACAAAAAUAUUCAAGCGUGCGUUUUAGACGACAAUGCAGAUGGUGAGCUGCGUCACAGAAACUUGGCAGAGAUCGCAGGCGAUUCCCUUUUGAAAGAAUUCAGCAAUCCUCCAUCGCCAGUUACGAAAAAAAGUAUAUGAAUGUACUAAAUAAAGUUACUAGAAUAGAGAGGCUGUUUUAGUAAUAUUCAUUGUAAUGAAUAUAGAGACCUGAUGUUUACAUUUCCAUUAUAGAUUUUAUAUCAUGUUAUUCCAUAUUUAUUUAACUAUAAGUUAAAUGUGUAAUAGUAAAUUAAUGAGAAAGUUUAUUUGCUCAAAAUACAUGAAUAAAUUUUCGCUUAAAAUGUU